CGACCUUCUUCUGUAAAUAUUAUUUUUUAUUUCAAAGUUUAUAUUUUCUUUUCUUUUAUAAAACAUGGAGAAAUUAGUUGAAUAAAGAAGCUAGAAUGUCAACCGUCAAGCUGCCAGAAAUCAACUCCGAUGAGGGGUUUCAAGCUCGAAAUUGGAAGCAACUUAGUAAAAGGGAGGUUCUAAACCUAGAUCCCGUUCAAAGAAGUCGUUAUAUGGCAUACGAAAGCUUGUCAAAGGAAACAGCUCAAAGCAUGUGCGAGGCAAGGAAAAGAAUUCAUGACAGACGAAAGAAUGAAAUAAAACAUGGGAAAGGCCGGGACAAAAGAGAUCCUGACAGAGAAAAUCACGCCAGACUCAUUGGACAGUUAAAGGCAGCAGAAGCGCGGAACAGAAUCAGAUUGAUGAGACUACGUUAUACUGGUAACAAGGCGUCGGAGAUGAACAACUUAAUAGCGUGUCAGCCAUCAGCAAUCAAAGCAGUUAGACUGCAGUGUCUUGUUCCACCUCAUCCUGAGAAAAUCAUUAUCAGAGACUUGUUGGGUAAAGAUGAGCGAUCUCGUGUUGAUGUGCUGUUGGAAGAUGAACUCAAUUUAACGACGAAUCGGCUGCUGUCAUGACAUAACUUGCGUUGUAGAGCAAA